CCUUACUGCGGCUGUACCAUUUACUGACUAAACAACAUAAAGUAUAGUAAUAAAAUAUAGUGAUAAACUGAAGCGUUGAUGAAAAAAUAUGUGAUUUUAUUUGAUACUCUUGAUACAAAUCUUUACAAAAUUUAAAGUAAGGCUAUGAAUCAGCUGAUACUCCGGAGAUUAGUUUGGACAGUUGUUCUCCUAUCCAGCAUUGUGUAUCAACAUGUAUACACUAGAGACGGACAAUUCUAUGGUGGAUCUAUGUCUUUUAGACUGGAACAAAAGGAUGAUGGCAGCUCCCUGGUCUUUAUCGAACUUAUAUCUGGUUGGGUACUCGGCAAAGGCCCAUGUGGACCAACAUGUAGCAAAGCUGAUAUUGGUAGAUCUACCCGUAUAACUAGGUCAUCUAUGAUGUCAUCAGACCCCGGCCACUUUGGAAAAUUCACUCUGGAAUAUAAUAAUAAAGACAGGCGAUAUAUAACAACCGAUAUUUAUACAAGAGUAAACAAAACCUACAUUGAAACAGUGAUAGACGUUGAUGAGCAUACAAAAUGGGAACAGGAAAUUAUUCGAUUUAGCUUUGUAGAGGAGAAAGAAAUACCAGUGAUAACUAUCAGUUUCCACGGAUAUUCUUGGCACGAUCUUUCAAUGCAGCCACCUGGCAUUGACGUGCCAUGGCUUUUACAAAGCAGGAUAUCAUCCCGUAUUCGAAGUGAUACGAACACAACAAACAAUAGUCCAAGAGCUCUCACUAGACCGUUUUACAGGAUAGUAAUAGACAUGAUAUCAACUAUUCACAUCCCAGUAGUGGAUGCCGAUGGGGAUUUCAUCAAAUGUGAGCCAGCAAUGACUGUAGAAGCUGGACUACUAGCAUUACACCCGCUACCAAAUGUAACCGUCUUCGAGAACUGCACAAUUACUAUCAACGCAUCACAAGCUGUAGGAUACACCGACAACAGUUGGAUUGCAGUUACAGCCAGUGUCCGUGAUUACAACAGAAGAGAUAUGCAUUACGGUGGAAAUGUAUAUUUAGCUGCUGGAAAAUAUUCAUUAAGCUCAACCCCUGUUCAGUUUUCUGUGCAAGUGUUACAAAAUAUAGCGGUCCCUAAAUUUGUAGAACCGACUUGGAAAAGCGGACAUACGUUUAUUAUAUAUGCGGGCUCGACAUGGUCGACUGAAAUAUACGCCAAGGCAUCAACAAAUACUACUAUUGAUGCAUUUAAAACUAUUGGAAAACUGAAGGGUAAAAUAUUGAGCAAUCAAAUUCAACAGGAUCUUAAGCGACAAGAACAUGUUUUUACAAAAGUGUCAUGGAAACCUACAAUUGCAGAUAUUGGGAGACAUAUUGCAUGUUUCAGACUCAUUGAUAGCACUGGAGUAAAUUCCCAAGAAGAUAGGUGUUUCUUGUUGCAUGUCCGGCCUGACGUUUACAAUUACUCUUCCAAUUCUGUAAUGGGGAAGCCAUAUUUCGUAGAUAUACCUUCUCCACAUCAUAUGGUCAACUGCACACUUCAUACCACAUGUUUACUACCUUUGUACGUCGUAUCAUCUGUAAAAGUGAUUGACAUACAGGUGACUGAAAGCUUCAUUGAUAAGUACCAGAUCAGCAAAAUACAGAAUGUUACACAUAAAGGUCAGAAAGUUUACCAAGCAGAGCUUCGAUUUGAAUCUUUUGUGCCGGGAAACAAGAAAAUUUGCAUGGUAGCAAAAGACAUCAAUGGAGUUGAAAGUGAAAACGUUUGCAUCACCACCCAUAUAGACCCUAAAGAUGCGUGCAUGUCAGCUCCAUGUCAUAACUCCGCCCCCUGCGUCACUGAUACUAAGACCGGGAGUUUUAAAUGCAUUUGCAUACCUGGAACAUCUGGCAAGCAAUGCCAGAUAAGAAAAGAAUCGUGUUUUCCAAGUCCAUGUAUAACAGAAAAUACGCUUGCUUGCUACGGCCGAGGGAUAUGUUAUUGUAACACUGGAUUUAGUGGGAGGAAAUGCGAAAUAAAUAAAUGUACGGAACAAAGUUCAAGACAAAUGAGUUGCCCAAAAGCCGGAUGUACUAACACUUCAUGCAAUAGCCGUGGUGUGUGCUCUGCUCAGGGUCAUUGCACGUGUCCAUAUGGAUAUUAUGGACAACAAUGCGAGACACCAAAAUGUGACAUUACUAGAACCUCUACAGGGAUAAUUUCACCUACAGUUAAAGAUGGAAGUAGACUGAUUUGUUACUCAGAAAAGGACUUGAUAUCACAAUGUUCUUUGCGUGUUUACGUCACUGGCAAAUCAAGUUCCAUACCAACUAUUGACAUUGAAACAUCUAGAGAAUUGCAAAAUAUUACCACAGGAGGAGAUGCUAAAAGAUCGCAAGUCCUUCCAGGAAUGUCUACUGUUUAUGCAGUAGAUAUUACAAUAGGUGGACAAUUCAACAGUUCAAAGUUUCAGUAUAUUUGUGUUGUGGCGACUUAUGCAUCAUCAAAAUCUAGUGUUUGCUACGAUAUCAGCAUUCUUCCCAAUCCUGAAGCAGAUGCUACGAGUCUCGCAUAUCUCCAAAGACAGGCAAAGAUUAAGUUCAUUCAACCAACAACGAAAGACGGAAGUCGAAUAAUAUGUAGGACUUGGGAGAGAUGUCAAAUAUUAUUGUACACAUCUUUUGCAUCAAACCGGUCUUCUUGUCAUGCGACAAACGCAACUUCUCCAACUGGUACUGUAAAUGGCAGUUGUGACAUUACUGAUAGAGAUAACGAUGAAGACGAAACGGACUUAGCUAGAAAAAUUGCCUCACCAUGCUGUGAAAAUGUCGUCACAUCAUCGGCUGAAGUAAAGGUAUUUUCCGCCCACCCACGAGGACCAAGUUGUGUAACAGAAGUAUCCGCCAUAUUUGAUAGUGUAGGGGAAAAUGACAUUUGCUUCCAUUCAGCCUCGUUUGAAUACCAAAAACUAUGUUACACAUUUCUUGUGUAUGCCAAUGACAAACGAGAUCCCUGUUCCAGCUCACCAUGUCAGAAUAAUGGGCAUUGUUUUCGCACAGAUCAAGAUAACUAUAAAUGCGUCUGUCAAGACAGUUAUGUUGGUGAUUAUUGUCAAACAGGUCCUUGCCAGUCAACGGACAAUCAUUGCCAGAAUAAUGCUUACUGUCAAGUACACGAUGGUGAUACUACAUGCAUUUGCAAAGCCGGAUCCUUUGGACCUAAAUGCAGUAAAGGUCCUUCAAGUUUACAAACUUCAUUUCCU